GCAGUGUGUGUACAACUCGCCUGUCGCUUCGCAAACAGGAGGCAAUCAACCAGCUGCCUUGGCAUGACAAUACCUGACAAACCCCCACCUCCUUUGCCUUUGGGAUCUUUGUUUCUGGUUGGAUUCUUACAGCCUUUGACCCCCCCAUCAUGAUCCCAAAUCUAAAAGUCAUCUUCCUGUUUCUUUGGUUGCUUCAGUAUGGAGGAGGAAAUGUCGAUGUACAGCAGAAACCUCCAAUCCAGGUUGCCUUGCUCAAGGAAGGAAUAUCCAUUCCCUGUAAAGUCAUCUUCCCUUACAUGCCGAAGUACACCAAAUUUUCAAUCUCCUAUUACUGGAUUAAUUCACUGGAUCAGAAGACAUCUAUCUAUAGUAGGUUGGAAAACAUAGUCAUUCCUUCUGGAGAAGAGAAUAAGACUGCUGCCUUAUCUUAUGACUACAGAAUCAUGCCACUUGAAAACACCUCUUCUACUGGCACGUAUUACUGCAAGGUCAUAUGGAAUGAUAUCCAAAAAAUGGGAAAGGGAGUGUUUGUCCUUAUUAGAGAUACGGGAUAUAUAAAUACCUCUUAUGAGUGGGAAAUCCUCAUUACCCUUACUGUUCUUCUUGCUGUAUUGAGCAUCACUGCAACAGCUUUGCUUCUGUGGAAAAGAAAGGUGUUGUGCCCUAGAAGGAACCAGCCAAAUAUCCUGAGACAGAAGGUGGAAACACAGCUCCCUUCAGCCAGCCCACCACCACUACCACCUCCUGUCUAUGAUAGCCUGGAUGUGCAGCAAGUUGAUGUCUAUUCUAGCCUCGAGAACAACACAAACAACCCAUCACACAGAAAGAAUCCUCCAAGGAAGACACCUAAGAAGCAAGAAACUCUAGAAGAAUCCUCUGAUACAUUGUAUGAGAAUAUCUAACAGGGAAGAUUCCUGACCCUAUGUGGACCAGACAUCUUUCUGUAUGGCAGAGCUACUCUUUUACAUCCCUGAUGAGAUGCAGAUACAUGGAGAGAUCCACACUGACUUCAGAGCACAACCACGAGGGAAUUGUGAGCCCCUUGUCCCUUCUAAACUGCCCUUCAUUAACAACAGAAUAUAUCUGUUAAAAUCCCUCGGGGCUCAGUCUGCAUUGAUGCAACAAGGCUAUUUUGCAGCAAAGUUGUUUGAUGCAAAAGAAAAGCUGCUUUUGUCAAGCACUUAUCCUGGGAAUGGGCAAUCUGUGAAGGUUUCUCUCACCUGCCUCAACUGAAAUACUUUACUGUUGAUCCUCUGCAAGUGGCAGGACAAUCCAGAGAUUUCCCUGCUUGCUGGUUUGAUGUUCCGAUCCUGACCUGCAGCCGCCCAUCUGACUCUGUGCUUGCGGCUUUGCCGAAAUGGCCAACAGGACUUCAUGCAUAGUUUAAUCAGAUCCAAGCAUCCAGCUGCCCAUUUCCCUUUCUCAGGAACCCCAGAGCAGACAGGCUUUCUGAUAAUCUGCUAAUCCCAUCAAGUAGUCACAGAUGCCUACUGCGACCUUCCUCGGGCGACUCAAAUCAGUGCCUCUAAGAAAAUGC